AUUUACGCAAAUUUUGAAAAAUCCCAGUCAGUGGAGAAAAAGCUUGUUUCCAAAUCUCUUUCUGUGAGCGCCCUUUUCCCGACUGCAGGGCGUCUUUCAGGGGCCGUUGAAGCUUUGAAUAAUAGAUAGUUCUCUUUGCAUCCCCCACUUCCACCCACCCCAAACCCCUGCUAUCAUUACCAAGUCAAUGGAGGGAGGCAGGACGCGCUCAGCGAGUUUUCAGUUCACAACAUCUGCAGCGACGAGCGGUAGGUGAGCUGCAGUGUUUCAGUCUGUCACACGCACAGACACACAAACACCGGCUGCGGGAGAGAAGCUUCACCGCAUGUGAUGGCCGUGUCAUUUUUGGACAGAGUUGGGCAUUUCCACGCGGAAGAUCCUUUACGCGCAUAAAUUGUUGUUGUUGUUUUUUUCAAAUUUUAACUGCUCCGAUAUUAUGUGCAUCUAUUUUUAUAUUGGCUGUUCAUUUUUUUUUUCCGGCGGACGCUAUGAGAUACAUUGGUGAAUGAAUGUGUGAGGAGUUUUUAAACUGCUGGCUAAUCCAAGAAGAGGAAAAUGUACAGUGUUAUUUUUUCUUUUUUCCUAACAUUUAUUCAAGAGGUUCCUGCUUUGCGUUAUAGCAAUGCCAACAAUCUCCAGCCCUAUAUGCCCAAUGUGUGCGUGGAGAGGGAGGUGACGCUGGUCGCCCAGAGGCAGCCCUGUGUGCAGGCCUUUACACGCAUGGUUAAAGUGUGGAAGCAAGGCUGUGUGGGGCAGUCGUGGUGCAUGGGUUACGAGAGAAGGACGGCGUACUACACGGCAUACAGACAAGUGUACAGACAGGAUUAUCAGACUGUGUACAAGUGCUGCCCUGGAUGGUCUCAGCUAAAUGCAGAGGCAGGAUGUCUGUAUCCGAUGUGCAGCUACGGCGUGUGCUUCAAUGGAGGCCAGUGUCAGGAGGGGUCCACCCAGCUUUGUGACUGUCCUGCAGGGUUCAAUGGGCCCAGUUGUCAGUAUGAUGUGAAUGAAUGUGAGGAGACCAACGGAGGCUGUGAAGCUCUCUGCUGUAACACCAUCGGAAGUUUCUACUGCAAAUGUCCUCCUGGUCAGAAGCUGAAUGAAGACGGCAAAACGUGUCAAGAUAUUGAUGAAUGCCAGGUCCAUAAUGGAGGCUGCCAGCACAGAUGUGUUAACACGCGGGGCUCCUACUACUGUGAAUGCCACACGGGCUCUCGCCUUCAUGUGGACGGCCGCACCUGCCUCGCUGUCCAUUCAUGUGCCAUUAGCAACGGGGGAUGUGAGCACUACUGUGUGCAGCAGUCUGUUGCUCAUUAUCGCUGCCGCUGUAAGCCAAACUACGCGCUGGCCGAGGAUGGCAAGCAUUGUAAACUGCAGAAUCCCUGUGCCGAACAGAAUGGAGGCUGUAUGCACGAGUGUCGGGUUGAUGGCGGCAAGGCUCACUGUGACUGUAAAGCUGGAUACAUACUGACUGAGGAUGCCAAAACCUGUGAAGAUGUUGAUGAGUGUGAGACAGAAGAGGCCAACUGUGCUCAUGGCUGCCACAACACACUGGGCUCUUACGCCUGUGUUUGCAACGCCGCCUAUGAACUGGGAUCUGAUGGAAAACAGUGUUACAGAAUUGAGAUGGAGAUCGUAAACAGCUGUGAGAACAACAACGGCGGAUGUUCGCAUCAUUGCCAACAUUCAACCAGCGGGCCUGUUUGCUCCUGUAACCAUGGUUACAGGCUGGAUGAUGACCUUAAAACCUGCGUUGAUGUUGAUGAGUGUGGAGAGCAGAGCUCCUGUUGUGAGCAGGACUGCACCAACUACCCCGGGGGUUAUGAAUGCUACUGCUCAGCAGGAUACAGACUCAACUCAGACGGAUGUAGCUGUGAUGAUGUGGAUGAGUGUCUGGCUGCGAACGGUGGUUGUGAUCACACAUGCCAGAACAGUGCCGGUUCCUUCCAAUGCUUCUGCCACCGGGGUUUCCGUCUGGACGAGGACCGACAGUCCUGCAUCCCACUAGAAGAUGCAGUCGAGGCCCUUUCCAGCGGAGCUUCUCUCGAGUUCCCUCUCAGCCAGCCCCAGCUCACCUUGCUGCAGGACUACAGCCAACCCCUGGAGCGCUAUGACGACUAUGAAGAUGACGAAGGAGAGCUCAGAGCUGAGAGCAACCUGGCAGAGAAAUUUGUGUGUCUGGAUGAUACUUUUGGCAAUGACUGCAGUUUGACAUGCGACGACUGCUCUAAUGGAGGAAAAUGUAACUUGUGGAAUACUGGCUGCGAUUGUCCCGACGGGUGGACGGGUAUCAUCUGCAACCAGACGUGCCCCGAGGGACACUUUGGUAAGAACUGCUCCUUCCCCUGUAAGUGUAAAAACGGUGCCAGCUGUGAUCCUGUCAGUGGAAGCUGCCGCUGUCCUCCUGGUGUCAGUGGAGACUUGUGCCAGGAUGGUUGUCCUAAAGGCUUCUAUGGGAAGCAGUGCAACAAAAAGUGUAAUUGUGCCAAUAAUGGACGCUGCCACCGGACUUACGGAGCCUGUUUGUGUGAUCCUGGACUCUAUGGACGCUUCUGUCACCUCCCGUGUCCGAAGUGGACUUUCGGACCCGGAUGCUCUGAAGAGUGUCGGUGUGACCAGCGACACGCUCAGGAGUGUCACCGUCGCCAUGGCACCUGUGUCUGUAAACCUGGUUACCAGGGUAACACCUGCAAGGAAGAAUGCAGACCUGGUACUUAUGGAGCCGGCUGUGAGAAGAAGUGUUCCUGUCCACCAGGAGUGUCGUGUGAUCAUGUGACUGGAGACUGUCAAAGAAAAUGCCCUGCUGGCCGUCACGGGGAGAACUGUGAUCAAGACUGUCCUGAGGGAAGGUUUGGAACAGGUUGCAUCCGUCCUUGUAACUGCACCGGCGCGCCAUGUGACAAAGUGACAGGACAAUGCCAGUGUCCAGCGGGGACAUUGGGACAGCACUGUGAGAAUUUGUGUCCAGAAGGUUUCUGGGGUCCAGGCUGCACAGAAACCUGCCCGCUUUGUGAAAACGGUGGCAUGUGUGAUAAACACAACGGGUCGUGUAACUGUCCUGCAGGAUUCAUGGGAAGACUCUGCCAAAACUCGUGCCCGGGUGGACGUUUCGGCCAAGGAUGCCAAAUGAAAUGUGUUUGUGAAAACAAUGCUCACUGUGAUCCUGUGAGUGGACGCUGUACAUGUGCUGCUGGCUGGACGGGACACAACUGCAGAAAAGCGUGUGAUGCAGGACACUGGGGGGUUGACUGCGUACAAACCUGCGACUGCAGAAAUGGAGACGGCAGCUGCGACGCUGUGACGGGCCAGUGCAACUGUGAAGCUGGUUUCACUGGAACACACUGCCAUCAGAAGUGCCCAGCAGGUGUGUUUGGUCUCGGCUGUCGACAUCGGUGUCAGUGUGACAACAAGGCGUUGUGUGACCAUGUGAGCGGAGCUUGUACCUGCCAGGUGGGAUGGACGGGAACCUUCUGCGAAAAGCCGUGUCCUCAGGGCUUCUUCGGUUUGGACUGUCAGGAGAAGUGUCUGUGUCUUAACGGCGGGAGCUGCGAUCACGUCAGCGGUGUUUGUUCCUGUCCGGCCGGUUGGAUCGGCCCCUUCUGCAACCUGACCUGCCCAGCUGGUUUCUAUGGGGAAGGAUGUAACCAAACCUGUAGCUGCCGUAACGAUGGCAUCUGCCACCCGGCCAGCGGUCAGUGUGUGUGCACGUCAGGCUGGACGGGUCCCAACUGCACACAAGAAUGCCCUGCGGGGUUUUACGGAGCAGACUGUCGACAGCGCUGCUUGUGCCAGAAUGGAGCCACCUGUAACAAGACUAGCGGAAAAUGUGCAUGUGCCAGUGGAUGGACGGGAGCAGCCUGUGAACUGGAGUGUGUGUCGGGUCGGUUCGGCGCUGACUGCCAGCAGCAGUGUGAAUGUGAGAACGGCGGCCAGUGCGACAGACAGACCGGACGGUGCAGCUGCAGCACCGGCUGGAUCGGAGAGCGCUGUGAGAAAGCGUGUGAAGCCGGGCUGUUUGGUGCCGGGUGUGAGGAGCGAUGCCAGUGUGCUCACGGGGCCUCGUGUCACCACAUCACAGGAGUGUGUCAGUGUCCACCAGGAUGGAGAGGGACGCUCUGUGACAAAGCCUGUUUGCCGGGUACAUUUGGAAAGAGUUGCAUGCAGCGCUGCAGCUGUGCUCAGGGCACGUCCUGCCACCACGUCUCUGGAGAGUGUGGCUGUCCUCCUGGAUUCACUGGCAACGGCUGUGAACAGACUUGUCUUCCAGGAACAUUUGGACAAAACUGUAACCAGGUCUGUCAGUGCUCAGAGACGAACCAGCUCUGCCACCCGGUGUCUGGAUCCUGCUACUGCGCUCCAGGUUUCCAGGGCCCCAAAUGUGACCAAACCUGUGGAGAAGGUCGUUACGGUCCAAACUGUGAAAGAGAAUGUCAGUGUGAAAAUGGAGGGAAGUGCGUUCCUUCCACUGGAGCCUGUGAAUGUCCGGCAGGAUUUAUAGGACCGCGCUGCAACAUCACGUGUCCAGCAGGGCGUUACGGCGUCGACUGUACCCGGGUGGCGCUGUGUGGAGACGGAGCUCAGAACGACCCGGUCACCGGUCGGUGUGUGUGCACGCCUGGACGGAGAGGACAGGACUGUGGACACGGCUGCCCUCCAGGCUGGUUUGGGGCCGACUGUGCCCAUCGUUGUAACUGCAGUAAUGGAGGAGUGUGUGACUCUGCAACGGGCAAUUGUACCUGUGGUCUGGGCUGGACGGGUGCACACUGCAACACAGAAUGUCCUGCGGGCAAAUUUGGUGCCAACUGCCGGCUGAAAUGUAACUGUCAAAAUAACGGCACUUGUGACAGAGUGAUGGGGACGUGUCAGUGCGGUCCAGGCUUCUACGGACAUCUGUGUGAACACGCCUGUCCUGCUGGUCUCCACGGCCCACUCUGUCAGCUGCAGUGUGACUGUCUGAACGGCGCCUCCUGCCACCCGGUGUCUGGACUCUGCAUCUGUCCUCCAGGAUACCACGGAGCCCGCUGCCACAGAGUUUGUGAACAGGGCAGCUACGGUCAGGGCUGUGGGAAGGUGUGCGACUGCGAAGACGACACUCCUUGUGAUCCUGUGACGGGAAGAUGCCUCUGCUCCUCGGGGAAGACCGGACCCAGAUGCGACAUCGACUGCAGAGUGAACCAUUUCGGGCCGGACUGCUCAGAGACCUGCAGGUGUGAGAACGGAGCUCAGUGUGAUCGCCGCAACGGCCGCUGCAGCUGCCUGCACAGCUGGAUCGGACUCUCCUGUCAGGAAGGUGGACCCCCACCUCUCACCUCUGGGAGCAGCAGAGGAAACUCGCAGCAGAACAACUCAUUAUAGCGGCUCCACGCAGCUCUAACUGGGACCGAGGAGCAAGUUUAUACUGAAGUGACUCAAGUGAGUGAAAGCGAUAGCAGCUGGAAGAUUCAUGGAAAUGGACUCUCUGAUGAGAACUGCAAUUCCAUAUUUCGAGCUGAGCUGGAUGCUACUUUUUUCCCCCCCCCAAUGCCAAAGUGUCCUUUGAACUGUUCUGGUUGGUGUCGUCAGCCUCCCACCACUGCUAGAUUGAGAUUUCCCAAAAUGGAACAUGAAAGCCGUUUAAUCUUCAGGAUAAGAAUUUCUUCCAAAAAUUUACAUCCAGAGUGCAGCGUCAGAUAAAUGGGGGUGUGUUUACUGCACUUUUACUACAUUGUAUGUAAUAUUUUUAUUCCUCAAAAUACCUUUUGCAGGUACUGUAUAUAAAAUAAUCUCUAAUUUUUUAAAGAAACCGGUGAUAUUACUGAAUAUGAUGAAACUUCUCACACUGAGGCAUUUUUUGUAACUAUAUUUCAUUCUUAUGAAGUUGUUUUUCAGUCUGUACAAUAUGAAGUAUGACUCUCAGUCCAAUGGUGCUACGGUGCUUUACUGUACAGGGCAACAAAGACGAUAAUGAUCCUGAUAUCACAGUGGAGCACAUUUCUGUUGACUAAAUACAAAGUUACAGUUCAAUGUAAAUGACUUAAGAUGACACAGCUAGCAUUCAUUUGCACCUUCUAUUUUCAUAUGAGCUGAUUUUGUGUAUAAAUUGCUUCAUAUUUAUAUUUCACACAGUUGUAUACAGUUUAAAAUGCGUCUUUGUUUUUCACUGGAUUACAGCGACUUUGCAGCUUCAACGAAUUCCGGUAACCAUCGUAAAAAAAAAAAAAAAACCGAAAAGGAGGCUUUAGAAAUCGAUGCCAAUAAAGACAGACACAUCCAGGAUUUGUUUACCAUUCUUAUUUUUAUCAUUAUUUCAUUGAAGAUCGAAGCUGUACAUCCUGUCUAAAUUUCAGAUUCAAGCACAGUGCAGAUAGCAACGCCUGCAACAGAAAAGUCAAAUGAAAAGAGAAAAGGCAGAGGUGAUCACAACCAGAAAUAUGUACAAAGGUCAACGUAUGUACAGGAGAUACCAGGCUCUCACUACGUCAUCUUCAGAGUGAAUUCAGUCCACCGUUGCAUUCGAGCAUUCCUCAUAAUGCAUACACAACAGAGCAAAAAAAAAAGAAGCUUUUCUUUUUGUCA